UUCACACUCCAUUGGGUCUCUCUAGCGCCUCUAGUGGUAGGGAUCCCUGCCCUCCUGUUGGUUGUCAUGGCAACCAAUACACAACAGCAGCCUGUCUUCCACUACAGCAGCAUUCCUCUGUAGUUUGACUCCAAUUCAACACUUUUAACAAGUCAAAGUCCUGUAAACCUGUCAGACAUGCCGACCAGUAACGCUACAGCGCCGGUGAAAAAGAAGGUACUUGGUGCAAAGUUGCAAAAAGCUACUAAUAAAAGAAAGGAGGAGGAAGAUGACAAUGGUGACUACAGUUGGGAAGAAAGGGUCCAGGGGAAACUUAUUAAACCUGCGGAUCAACUGGAGCUCACUGAUGCUGAACUGAAAGAGGAAAUCACAAGGAUCCUGACCGCAAAAAAUCCACAUGCCCCUCAAAAUAUUGUCCGCUACAGCUUCAAGGAAGGGGCCUUCAAGCUGACCAGCGCUGUGGAUCAGAUGGCGGUCCACUUUGUCCUGGACGGGUGUCUCAUCCAUCAGGACUCGGACGAGGCUCGUCGCCUGGCAGCCCACAAAGACCUGGCUGAAGAGUCACUCACAGUGGAUUCUGGACCAGAGGAAGAAAAAACUGACAUUUUGGAUGCACCGAGGGAUGGAGGCGAGGAAGAGGAGGCCGGAGAAGACGACCGAGCAGACAGUGUUGCCUCCAAAACCAACAAUCAGGAGCCCAAAUGUACCAACCAGUUCAACUACAUCCAGAGAGCCUCUCAGACUCUCAACAAUGCACUGCGGGAUAGAAGCUGCCAGACUGCACCUCCGCCACGCCGUAACUACUCGGCCGCCGCUAGCCAGUGGGACAUUUACGACGCGUACGUGGAGGAGAUGCACAAGCAAGAAAUGAAAAAAGAGAAACAGAAACCGAGGAAAGAUGGCGACAAAAACCAAAAAAAGGUGAUGCGCAAUGACACAGCGAGUGAUGACCAGCACAAAAUGACCACUGCCAUCAAGCUUUUGGAGCGAAUGGUCAACCAGAAUACGUGUCAUGAAAUAGCACAAGAUUUUAAAUACUUUGAGGAUGCAGCGGAUGAAUUUCGGGAGCAGGAGGGCACUCUUCUUCCCCUGUGGAAGUUCACCUAUGAAAAGGCCAAAGUGAUGUGUGUCACUGCCCUCUGCUGGAAUGAAAACUAUCCAGAUCUGUUUGCUGUGGGACUGGGAUCAUAUGAAUUCAGCAAACAGGGCCGAGGGAUGCUUCUCUUCUACACCCUGAAGAACUCCACCUUCCCCGAGUACGUCUUCCCCACACCUUCUGGCGUCCUGUGCCUGGACAUCCACCAGCAACAUUCCCACUUGGUGGCCGUAGGAUUCUAUGACGGCUGUGUGGGCGUGUACAACCUGAAGAACAAGGGACUGGACCCCGAGUACAAGAGUACUUCUAAUACUGGCAAGCACACCGACCCCGUCUGGCAGGUGUGCUGGCAGAAGGAUGACUUGGACAACAACCACAGUUUCUACUCAGUGUCCUCAGAUGCUCGUGUUGUGUCUUGGACUCUCAUCCAGAAUGAGCUAAUCUUCUCAGACGCCAUUAGGCUAAUGCUAACUGGUCCAGUGUCUGAGGGCCCAGAUGGUGUUGGUGAGGUCACCACAGCUGGUGGUACUUGCAUGGACUUCCACCGGCAGAUGGACUCUCUCUUCCUUGUUGGCACUGAGGAGGGUAAAAUACACAAGUGCUCCAGGAGUUACUCCAGCCAGUACCUCCACACCUUCCAUGCCCACAACAUGGCAGUGGACACGGUGAAGUGGAAUCCUUUCCACCCGAAGGUUUUCAUCUCGUGCAGUUCGGACUGGACCGUCAAGGUGUGGGACCACACCGUCAGCACCCCCAUAUUCACCUUUGAGCUCAACGCGUCAGUCGGUGAUGUGUCGUGGGCUCCGUACUCCUCCACCGUCUUUGCCGCUGUCACCAUAGAAGGAUUGGUGCAUGUUUUUGACCUGAGCAUCAACAAGUACCAGGCGAUCUGCCAGCAGCCGGUGGUGGCCAGAAACAAGAGCAAGCUGACUCACCUGGAGUUUAACCCCGUCCAUCCCAUCAUCAUAGUCGGGGACAACCGAGGCUGCGUUAUCAGUCUGAAACUCUCCCCCAACCUCCGCAAGAAACCAAAGUGCAAGAAAGGUCAAGAGUUGCCUGAAGGUCCUGAGGUGGAAGUCGCCAAGAUGGAGAAGCUUCUCAGCCUACUGCGGGACCCUGAGCAGAGUGCCCACUAGCCCCUCACGGUAUCUUCUCUGUUCCUUCAAUCAACUCUUUUCACUUCUGCAGAGGAAGUCUGGUUUUUGUCAGCAAUUGUAUGUCAACCUGUUAUCAAAGAGUGUAUUUCAAGACCAAGAAUAACAAAAAAGAGCAGUGCCUAGCCUAUUUUUAGGUCCCUACUGUAAGUAUGCAUGCAAACACUACUUAGGGCAGUGGUUCUUAACCUGGGUUCAAUCGAACCCUAGGGGUUCGGUGAAUCGGUCUCAGGGGUUCGGCGAAGGUCAAGACACACCCGACUCAUCGUGUAAAUAAAAACUUCUCCCUAUCGCCGUGUUAUGUAUACCCCCAAACAAUGUUCCCUUUAAUUUUCCAUUUGAUUUGCAGGUGUGUAAAUGUUAGAAUAAUUAUGUAGAAGUUAUCACACAACUAUCAUGCUUAAAGGCCGUUGCUAUAGUUAUUAUCAAU